AUGUCUCGUGCAGCCACACCCAUCCCUCCUCGCGUGCCUACCCCCAAAGUUGUUAAAUUAGUCUCCUUCACGGCACAGCAGUUCACACCAAACAGCAAGGCAUCAAUGUAUUCUUCCUUGUCCUCCAUAGAUUCUAAGGACUCUAAAAUCCCCAAACCAGGGGGUGAGGCGGGGCGUCCUGGCCGUGGUGGGUACAACUUGGAAAUGGCGUUCAAUUGGGAUGAUGACUGCUUCAAGAAUCUCAAGGAGUACGUUCACCGAUAUAUCAAGAAACACUGCGACGUUAGCAAGAGCAAGAAACAUCAAACUCCAGCUGCAUUGCAAGAAGUUCAUAGAGAGGCUCUAGGCCAUUUUCCGGAACUGGCUGACUAUCAUGCGUGUUGGCCAGUUGGAGAUAUAAUUCAGAUGCAGCUGAAAAACACAUCUGCCAAGGCACGACACAAUGUAUGGAUACCGACCAAGGUAUUUGCUUUGGGUUACACGGCACUUGACGUUGUGGAGUCCCAUCCGCUCAAUGAUCUUCAUCCAACAGCAACCCAUACACACCCACCUGCAUUGGCAAGCGUAGAUCACAAUGACUGUUGUUCCUCAGCAAUAAUCCACAUAUACCCACCGCAGCCAAUCAUUCCCUCCAGUGAGGAGUCUCCAAUGGAGAUGGAUAAUCCUUGGCAGUCUGAGCGUAGGACCAGAGAUGAUGGCGAGCAGCGGGUAUGA